GUAACCAAGAAAUGUAAAACCACUGCUUCCAAUUAAGCCCAUCUCUCUCUCUCUCUCUCUCUCUCUCUAGCACUUCACAGGAAAGGUAAGCGGCGAGGGAAGCAAAGACUAUACGGUUCCGUCUACUUGCCGCCUUCAACGACGCUUUCUCCAAUUUUCUUCUUGGGUUUUAGGCUUAGUUUGUGGAAUUGAUGGCGUCCAAGUUGCUGCAGUUGCAGUCUAAGGCAUGCCAAGCUUCAAAGUUUCUGUCCAAGCACGGAACUGCCUACUACAAGCAGUUGUUGGAGCAGAAUAAGCAAUAUAUUCAGGAACCUCCUACUGUUGAGAAGUGCAACUUGUUAUCAAAGCAGUUGUUCUACACUCGUCUUGCUAGUAUUCCCAAUCGUUAUGAAUCAUUCUGGAAGGAACUUGAUUAUAUGAAGAAUUUAUGGAAGAAUAGGCAGGAGCUGAAAGUUGAAGAUGCUGGCAUUGCUGCUUUGUUUGGGCUGGAGUGCUUUGCUUGGUUUUGUGCUGGUGAGAUUGUGGGAAGGGGAUUUACUUUCACUGGUUACUAUCCUUGAGAAGAAGUGCAUCAUAAAAUGUGUUUCAGGGGAUUGAAUAGAUAAGCUUCUGUUGUCAUUUGCAUGAUUGAAUUGCAAGCACUUGCAAAUUUUUGUUUUUUCUGCAUAAUUUUUGAAGCUGAGAAAUCAGCGGGUUCCUGUGAUUGCCUCAAUAAUCUUACAUUUGAAGCGGCUUAGGAUGUUACUGACGUUCCAUUAACUUUGUUGAAAGUCACCGCUACUCGUGAAUGAUGAUAAUGCUGUGAGUUUUUCAA